AUGCUUGACUUCACUUGUUUUCUGCACCUCCCUUUGGAGCUACAGGACAAGGUUUGGGAGGCUGCCAUCCCCCCGCCCGCUCCCACGGCGUUCCAUGCGAGACUCGUCCGCCAACCAAUGGGUCGCGCCCUCGACGGCUCAAUCGACAGUUAUAAUGUAAAAGACAGAGUUCUUCUCUACCGCCUUCCACCCGAUGCCCACCCCGAUCUUGCCGAUCGCGACUGCGUCAUGGCCACUCUAUCUGGCAUGCUUGUCACCUGUCGUCGCUCCUUCGCCGUCGCAACUCGUGCUUACAGCUCCAUCAAGCCUUUCCGUCCUUUUCUUCUCCGAGGUCAGGAUCCCUCUGUUCCCUACCACACGGAAAUCGACGCCGCCAACGAUCUGCUCAUUCUUGACACCGGGUGGCAGUGGCCGUGCCGUCUGAUUAGCACGAGCAGUGUAUUCCGUCUCCAGCUGCCAACUCCCUUGCGACUGCUGGCCCUCGCCUGGCCCGGCCCAAAUCGAACUAGCGCAUCGGACGGCCGUAGUGCUUUCUACUACUCGGAAGCCCUCAACGGCCUGCUCACCCUGUGGGGCUCCCGUGCCCUUCGCACUCUCUACGUCGUCGUCGAUCCAGUCCAUUUGCACGACGCCGAGAAGCCGUGGCCAGCCCCGGCUGAUCGUUCUUGGGCCACCUCGUCCGAAAACGACACGGUUUUGGAGGAUUACCUGGCAUCUUACCACACCGACUCAUGCGGCCGGGCGGUGUUAUUCCAGAGGGGGGCCCGUCGGUACUUUGAGGUCCCGGUCGAGCAAGUGGCACGGUCUGGCGGCCUCGGGGAAGUCGUCGAGCUGCUCGAAUCCGCUCGCAAGCGUCUAAACCCCCAUCUCACACCAAGCGUCAACCAGCCGUCUCAAGAGCAUGUUGUCCAAGCAAUGGAUAGCGAACAGGUGCCAUGUAGGUGCGUGAUACUUUCAUGGCGAUAA